UCAACCCAAGCACCCAGCCGUCUCGCCUCCUAUUCUGUCGCGACGCCACCACUGCUCGGUUCUCUACCCCAUCUCGUCGAACGGUUGGUGGGCAUGGACCUCUCGCCGUCGGCGGCGGCGUCGCCGUCGCUCGCCAAGGCGGUGGAAACCUACAGGAAGGCGGUCGCCACGGCGGCCACGGUGACCGCGUACGCCAUGCUGGCGCGCGGCAUGGCGAGGGAGCUCGUGCCGCACGACCUGCGCGCGGCGCUGAUCUGGGCCGCGUCGCUCGUCCGCGCCCGCGUCGAGCCCCGCCCCGCGGAGUGCCGCACCGCCAUCAUCAGGAGCAUCGAAGGGAACGGCCACGGCCACGCUCAGUGCAUCGAGAGCCGCUUCUUCGUCGACGCUCACGCGUACCUCGCCACCAAGAUCGACCCCCGGUCCAUGAGCAGGUUCUUCCUCGGCGGCGGCGGCGGUGGGCGGCGCGGACGGAAUGUCCUCUCCAUGGUGCCCGGCGACUCGAUGACCGACGUCUUCGAGGGCGUGGAGUUCAAGUGGACUUCCGUCCCCGCAGAGGGCAGAUUCGCGGACACGGAGGUGUCGCUGGAGCUCAGCUUCGACGCGGCGCACACGGACAUGGCGCUGCGCAGGUACGUGCCCUUCAUCACGGAGGAGGUGGAGCAGGCGCGGCGGCGGGACCGCGAGCUCAUGAUCUUCAUGAACGAGGGCUCGUCGUGGCGCGGCAUCGCCCACCACCACCCGGCCACGUUCGACACGCUCGCCAUGGACCCGGAGCUCAAGCAAUCCAUCGUCGCCGACCUCGACCGCUUCCUGAAGCGGAAGGAGUACUACCGCCGCAUCGGCAAGGCGUGGAAGCGCGGGUACCUCCUCCACGGCCCGCCAGGCACCGGCAAGUCCAGCCUCGUUGCCGCCAUGGCCAACCACCUCCGCUUCAACCUCUACGACCUCGACCUCUCCGAGGUGCACAGCAACUCUGCUCUCCAGAGGCUGCUCAUUGGCAUGACCAACCGCUGCAUCCUCAUCGUCGAGGACAUCGAUUGCUGCUUCAGCGCAAGGUCGAGGGAGGAUGGCAAAGAGCGCAAGAAACCGACGCUGACCAACAAUGACGGUGGCGGCGGCGACGACGACGACGACGAGGGAGAUGAUUUUUCAGAGAAGAGACUGACAUUGUCCGGGCUGCUCAACUUCAUCGACGGCUUGUGGUCGACGAGCGGCGAGGAGAGGGUCAUCGUCUUCACCACCAACUACAAGGAUCGCCUCGACGCGGCGCUGCUCCGGCCGGGGAGGAUGGACAUGCACGUCUACAUGGGCUACUGCGGCUGGGACGCGUUCAAGACGCUCGCCCACAACUACUUCCUCGUCGACGACCACCCGCUGUUCCCGGAGAUACGGGCGCUGCUCGCCGGCGUGGAGGCGACGCCGGCCGAGGUGUCGGAGAUGCUGCUGCGCAGCGAGGACGCCGACGCCGCGCUCAGUGGCCUCGUCGAGUUCCUCGAGGAGAAGAAGGAGAAGAAGAAGAAGCAGGCCAUGUGUGAAGCAGGCAAGUAGCGUCAUAGCAUCAAGUAUUCAAGAUUCAAGAACUGUCAGGAUUGAAGUAGGAUCAAGCCAUUUUGUGUUCCCCAAGUCCAAUCCUUGAGACGAUUCAGUUCUUGUUCCUAAUUUCCUGUGAACUGCCACUGCUUUCUGAAUCUCUGUUUGUUCUAGUCCUCUCCUAGGAACUAAUUUGGGAUGAUUGAUUUGUUUCGAACAAAUUCGGGCUAGAUGAUUUGUUUCACAA